UCUUGACGUUCGUGUGGGUGAUGGUCGAAUCGAGGUAUGGUGCAACAGUGUAUGUGACAAUGGAUUGGAUUUGAACGACGCCCAUGGCUUAUGCAGGAUGACAGGGUACAACAAAGCGUCACGUGCACCAGUCAAGGCUGAAUAUGGUGCGGGUUCUGGAAAAAUUCUUCUUGAUGUAUUUGAAUGUACUGGAUCAAAAAGUAGCCUCGAUGACCGCAUUAAAGAUGGCGACCCUCCCCGUUUGGACUGCCCUGACGUAACUUCCACCACGGACCAAGGUCUUCCUACAUCCUCCCACGUCACCAUCAACCCUCAUGCAUCAGACAUUACUGAUCUUAGUCUGCCUGUGAUCUGCUCUCAUACAUCCAGUGAUGUCUUCCAGUUUGGAGAUACCAAUGUUACCUGUAAUGCUACGGAUGAAUCAGGAAACAUUGGCAGGUGUAUGUUCGUGGUUACAGUACAAGACAACGAGCCUCCUCGCUGGGAAUGCCGUGACCAAACAUCCAUCGCGGAUCAAGACCUUGCUAGCAUUGCUUUCAUCUCAUCUGUGUCAGACAACGUAGAUCCCAAUCCGUCCAUUAACUGCUCUCACACAUCCAUUGAUCUUUCUCAUCUUGGAGACACUAGCAUCACAUGUGAAGCUAAAGAUACUUCUGGAAACAUUGCCGUCUGUACUUUUAUGUUUACUGUACAAGACCCUUGUAUGGUUCAUGAUCCGUGUAUCAAUGGUGAAUGUAGCUAUAUAGGAUCAGGACAAUACCAAUGUGACUGCUAUGAUCAAUACGAGGGAACUCAUUGUGAUGUCAUCCCUCAUCCCACUCCGAUCUGUAAGACUACGACAUGGAUGUCAUCGCGUUUUGGACUAAUCAGUUUCCUCGAGGGUGAGAACGGAACGUGGGCGAACUCAACUGAAGUAUGUCCAUUCAACACAGCAAACGCUGACCAACCAAUCGGGCGUGCUAUAUGCGUCGGUGAUCUGAUUUCACAGAGUACGUGGCUUCCCAAUCCCACGGAUAACUGUGGACAAUUCAGAAAUGUCGGAGAUUUACUUGGCCAGCUUUCAAAGGUUACUGCAUCCAUCGUUGCCAUAGUAAGUAACAUCGCUGAUGUUGACACAGAAACACUUGAAUCAGCAUCAGCCUCUGUUAGUGAUGUCGUUAAAGUAUUUGAGCAGCAGAUCAAAAGUGUACCUGUAGAGGACGGUGAAAAUUUUAGCUUUCAACAACCAAAUAUUGCCGUGCAGGUCCAAAGCGUACCUACCGAUGUCAUCUCAAAUGGUCUAGUCCUCUCGUUAGUAGGAGACAGCAAUUCUGGUCUGACGAAAUUUGACACCAACAUCCAAACUUCAAAUGAAAAUCAAGCUGAAGCUACAAAACCAGAUACCAUUGCUGUUGUCAACAUACCAUCUGCGAUUUCUUCCGCUUUACCGUUGAUAUCUGGAGGAAGUUCUAAUACUAACGGCUUUGUUCGCGUGAUUUUCAGUGUCUUUUCCACACCAGCCCUUUUCAUUUCUAAAUCAUUGAAGAACACAAGUGUAGGAACCAACCGAUCUGCUAAAACACCUGUUAUAUCACUGAGUAUCGGGGACGAGAAAAUAGAAGAUCUGACAGAACCCAUCAAUUUCACUUUUACCCCGAUAGAGGUAGGCCCUAAAGGAAUUUCAUUUUCAAAGUUACUGCAUAAAUAUAAAUAA